GGCAUAGAUGGAGAGCAGUAAUGCAGGGAUAUUUAACUCUGAAUAGAACCACUGUGUUUAACACAAGGCAAUGGCAUUUCUCUGUAUUUACAUUCUGCACACCAGCCUGCAAUACUAAUCUAUCAAUUAUACUAAACAACAGAAGAAAAUACAAUUCUAAAGCAACACAGAUGUCUCUCCCACAAAUAAACCAUGUCUUAAAAGCUAAUGAAUAUAGUUUAAAAGUCAAUGGUUACGACGGACGGUAUAAUGGGUCAGUUAAAGGGAUUGACAGUAAUAUCUUAGCAUCAAACUCUCCAAGUGAAGACCGCCGAAGUGCUGCAACAUGCCUGCAGAGCCGGGGCAUGCUCUUUGGAGUGUUUGAUGGACAUGCAGGGUCUGCUUGUGCACAAGCAGUUGGUGAACGACUCUUCUACUACAUUGCCGUGUCUCUACUUCCAUUAAAGACUUUAAUUGACAUAGAGGAGGCUGUGGAGAGUGAACGACCUGUGAUUCCAGUGCUACAAUGGCACAAGCAUCCAAAUGAUUAUGUUAGCACAGACUCUGGCAAACUAUACUUCAAUAGUCUGAGGACAUACUGGCAGGAGCGGAUAGAUCUCCAAGAAGAUGAGGACAGUGAUAUACAAACAGCUUUAAUAAAUGCUUUCAAGAGACUCGAUUAUGACAUUUCCUUAGAGGCCCAAGUGGACUUUGGGGUUCCUUUUGCCCAUUUCACACCUCUCAGGGUGGCCUUAUCUGGUUGCACAGCAUGUGUGGCUCAUGUGGACAGAGAAGAUCUUCACGUGGCCAAUCUGGGAGACAGCAGAGCAGUGCUUGGUGUCCAAGGGGAUGAUGGAAGAUGGUCAGCUCUCACUAUUACCAGUGAUCACAAUGCCCACAACCCAGACGAGAUGCAACGUGUUCUCGUGGAACAUCCCGCUUCUGAACGAAAGACAGUGGUUAAGCAUGACAGGCUACUGGGAUUACUAAUUCCAUUCAGGGCCUUUGGGGACAUCAAGUUCAAGUGGAGCAGUGAGCUCUUGAAUCGCGUCUAUGAGGCACGUCCAGAGUUGCUGAUUGGUAAUGAAUAUGCAAAAACUCUGCCACCAAACUAUCACACACCACCUUACCUCACAGCAGAACCAGAAAUUACAUAUCAUAAAUUGCGACCUCAAGACAAAUUCUUGAUCCUAGCAACAGAUGGUCUCUGGGAACUAAUGCAUAGACAAACUGUUGUGCAGGUCUUAGGGGAGCACCUGUCUGACCUCCAGUGGAAGAAGCCAGUUUCUGGACUAUGUUUUACAGUGGGACAGAUGCAUAAACUACUGCAAGAGAGAAAGAGCAGAGCUCUCUCCACUCUGGAGGAUGACAACAGUGCUACUCAUUUGAUCCGCCACGCUCUGGGUAGCGAUGGCUGUGGCUCCAUUGAACCCAAACGCUUAGCCAAAAUGCUCAGCCUACCCCAAGAUUUGGCAAGACUGUACAGAGAUGAUAUAACAAUCAUAGUCAUCCACUUUAAUAGUUCAGGUAGUUGAAGCUAAUCUGACCACUAUUGUAAUCACGGAAAACUCAAGAAAUGUACUGCGCUUGAUUACAGAACAAAUGAUUAUUUGAAUAUUAUCUACUUUGUAAUCAUAAUGAAAAUGACACUGCCUAAUCUAGCUUGUGCAAAAGGUUCCUCCUGUAGUAGAUUUACUUGAGCAGUUUCCUCAAGCUACUUAAGACUCUGUGCUUGCAUUGCCAAAACAGACAAAGGGACAUUACUUUUUUUUAUUUCAGCCAACAGAGACAGAAGACAUGAGCAAUACAAACAAAAGGACAGAAAUUCUCUUUUGCUGUUGCAGUCUGUUUUAACAAGUUGAGCUGUACAAAUGAAACAGAAAACAAACCAUUUUCAGUAUUUUGGCUUUAUUACAAAAAUCAAAUCUUGAUUAGAAAAAACAAAAUGCUGCUAAACCUUAUGGUCUCUAAAUGAACACAAAAUAUAUCAGUCAGCCAUUUAGUUCCCACAGCUCAUAGAGCCAAAAAAUCCAACAUGUUGGUGUUUGAUCAAAAUUAAAGGGUUUUAAUUCAUUCAUGACUUUAUAUUUUGUGUGAGGCUAACUGAACACUUCCUGGGCCAAUUUUUAUUUUAUUUUUGACAAACAAUAAAAGAUCAAGAGGUAAAAUUCAAUAAGUAGGCUGUACAUAACCUUUUUUUAACCACAGAUCUUCUCUCAAUGUCUGAAAAGACCUGUAAGGACACUAUGCAAGUGUUUUUUUUGUUUUUUG